AACAAAAAAAAAAAACCGACCCCAAAAAAACCAACCAAACCAACCCAAAACCUCUGGAAGAGAACAAACAAUCCGACAAAAUUCUGGAGGGGGCGGCGAGGGGGGGGGGCGGGAGGGAAGAAGGAGAAGAAGGAGAAGGAGAAGGAGGAAUCAGCUGCGCUGGAAGAGCUCUCGCCCUCCUGCUUCCCUGAGCGAGCCUGGAUGCUGGCAGGAGCCUCUUGGAUAUGGGAUCAUAUCUGCUUUAUCACAGCCUGGGUUUGAUCCUCUGCUGCUCCGUGCUCAGCUCGGUCUACGCGCUGGUGGACGCCGACGAUGUCAUCACCAAGGAGGAGCAGAUCUUCCUCCUGCUGAAGGCCAAGGCCAAGUGUGAGCGGCACCUGAAAGCCAAGGUGCCCAAGGUGCACGAUGGGUUUUGUCUCCCUGAGUGGGAUGGCAUCGUCUGCUGGCCCGAAGGUGUCCCGGGCAAGGUGGUGGCCAUGCCGUGCCCCGAGUACAUCUACGACUUCAACCACAAAGGCCACGCUUACCGUCGGUGUGACCUGAACGGGAGCUGGGAGCUGGUGCCAGGCAACAACAGGACCUGGGCAAACUACAGCGAGUGUGCCAAGUUCCUCACCAACGAGACGAGGGAGAGGGAGGUCUUUGAUCGCCUCUAUUUGAUUUAUACUGUUGGAUACUCCAUCUCUCUGGGAUCCCUCACAGUUGCUGUCCUUAUCCUGGGAUACUUCAGGCGUUUGCACUGCACUAGGAACUACAUCCACAUGCACCUGUUCGUGUCCUUCAUGCUGAGGGCCGUGAGCAUCUUCGUGAAGGACGCCGUGCUCUACUCGGGCUCGGCCCUGGAGGAGAUGGAGAGGAUCUCGGAGGAGGACUUGAAAUCCAUCACCGAGGCACCUCCAGCGGACAAGUCGCAGUUUGUGGGCUGUAAAGUAGCUGUUACCUUCUUCCUCUACUUCCUGGCAACCAAUUACUACUGGAUCCUGGUGGAAGGGCUCUAUCUCCACAGCCUCAUCUUCAUGGCAUUUUUCUCAGAGAAGAAAUAUCUUUGGGGAUUCACAUUAUUUGGCUGGGGCCUCCCAGCUGUAUUUGUCACAGCGUGGGCCAGCGUGAGAGCCACUCUCGCCGACACAGAGUGUUGGGACUUGAGUGCUGGCAAUUUAAAAUGGAUUAUUCAGGUGCCCAUCCUGGCAGCUAUCGUGGUAAAUUUUAUUCUUUUUAUCAAUAUUAUCAGAGUCCUCGCCACCAAACUACGGGAGACGAACGCGGGGAGGUGCGACUCGAGACAACAGUACAGGAAGCUGCUGAAAUCUACCCUCGUCCUUAUGCCUCUGUUUGGAGUUCACUAUAUUGUUUUCAUGGCUAUGCCAUACACAGACGUGUCAGGGAUUCUUUGGCAAGUUCAAAUGCACUAUGAAAUGCUGUUCAACUCUUUCCAGGGAUUUUUUGUUGCCAUCAUAUACUGUUUUUGCAAUGGAGAGGUCCAAGCAGAAAUCAAGAAGUCAUGGAGCAGGUGGACUUUAGCCCUUGACUUUAAAAGGAAAGCACGAAGUGGGAGCACAACCUACAGUUACGGACCAAUGGUGUCCCACACCAGCAUCACAAAUGUAGCCACAAGAGGAGCGCUUGCCCUCCAUCUCAACACGAGACUUAUCCCAGGGACCCUCAACGGACACCGGAAUUUGCCAGGUUACGUGAAAAACGGCUCCAUUUCCGAGAAUUCCAUGCCUUCCUCCGGGCCGGAGCAGUACAACAAGGAUGAGGAAUAUCUCAACGGCUCCGGCCUUUACGACGGGGACAGACCCACGGCGCUCGUGGAGGAGGAGAGAGAGACAGUGAUGUAAAGGGAGGAGGGGGAAAACAAGCAAAAAAAAGAAGCCAAAGGAUGGAAAAAGGUUCCUGGAGAGCAUUUAGUGGGUGACGGAACAUCGGGCUGUGCGUGGAAUGCCGAGGGUUUCCAUGGAGUUUCCCCGUUCUGUGGAACCGGAGGUUAAGUUAUGUGGGAGAAACAAGCGGGGCCACCAAGGUGGAUCCCAGCCCUGGACUCAGUGAUCCACGUGUCCCUGGUGUUCCCGGGACCACAGAGACACCGGGAGCUGCCCAGGGAGGGCUGGGAAGCACCCCGGGAUUCCUCGGAGCUCUCGGAGAGCGCGGGCGGCCGAGGAGGACGGGAGGCUCCCCGGGGGCUCGCAGGGAGGGUGCAGUGCCAUCACCUCGAGGGGGUGCGUCCACCCCGGGCACCCCCCUUUCAGUCUGGUUUGCCCUCUGCCCACAGGGCCUGCCUGGCACCACCCCCGGGGUGGGCACUCGGCCCAAGGUCCUGCUCCCUCCGACCCGUCGCGCGCCGUCCUUCCCUCGGGGAAUCUCCUCGGCAAAGUGCUCCUCGGGGCUGGGGAGGGUUCGCAGCUCGGGGCUGCAGGAUCCAGGCAGAAAACCCUCCUUCCUCUCCCCGAGUCCCGGUAGCAAGACAGGAACCGGUGGGAAUUCAGGAUGGAAAAUGUGGUUCUCAGAAUACACGACGUUUCCGCUCUUCCAGACGCAGCAGAGAUGGAGAGGGGCCUUCCAAGGGCAGGGAAUUCACAGAUCUGGGAGGGGGGGGGGGGCUGUGGCUAAAAUCAGUUCAGAAGGGACCUGACUCAGCCCUCCCUUUUUGGGGAGUUCAUGGAAAGAAGCUUCAUUUUUAAACCUCUUAAUUGCUCCUCAUUCUGUUCCCCGAAAACCCCGAUCCACUGAAUCAUAAAAUCCCAGGACGCUUUGGGUUGGAAGGGACAUUAAAGAUCAAUCCAGUGCCACCCCCUGCCAUGGGCAGGGACACCUUCCACUCUCCCAGGUUGCUCCACCCUGGCCUGGAACACUUUCAGGGAUGGGGCAGCCACAGCUUCCCUGGACAACUGGUCCAAACCCUCCUGAGGAGAAAGACUCCAUCAGCCUUCUGCCUGUAUCCCCCAGAAGCACAAACUGUGGGAUACAGCCAGACAAACCCACCUUCAUGAGAUCCAAAGGCAAAAUUUCUUGGAUAAAAGCACAGUGAUUGCUCCUGGGUGGUCACCUUCUGAGCUUCCCUGUUCUUUGUGUUUUGGUCCCACACAACUGGACACCAGGUCACACUUUUAGUUGGGGUCAACUCCAACCAAAGGCACUGUCUUUGCCUGGAGAUGCUGAGAUGAGGAGAUCCUACUGUGGGUGCCUCCAAAGGGAAUAGCACAAGGAAGUGUCUCCUUCCUUCGGGAGAGGGAGACCAGCAGGGUUUUGUCCCUGGGCAGAGUUUCCCUCGUUGGUGCUUUGGCCGAGGGUCCCCAGAGGUUGUUCCCUGGUGGAUCUCCAGCAGCAACGAAGGGCUGAAGUCCUGUUGGCCACCAGUGAGUUGUGCUGGGGCUGAUCCUCCAGGGAAGGGGCUCUGCCUGUUCCCAGCUGUGAUGCAGAACUGGUCAGGAGGGAGAAAUUAGGAACAGCCACCAAAAUUCCCACUGCAGCAAGUUCUGCUGAGCCAACCUGGCCCCUCUUUCCAGCCUGUGUCCCACCACCACCAUUCCUUUGCUCCAGUCCAAGACUCAGCUCCUCAGGGGGCUUUUUGUCCUUAUUUCUUCCUUUCCUUCUUGGCAGGUUUCUGGGAACUGAAGCAUUUUGACCACUUUUACUCCAGUGGAAUAGGAAAGAGGUAUUGGGGAAGUUUGGGAAGGUGAGGAAAAUGGGAGAAUCUGCUCUCUCUGUUCUGAUCCUGUGAUAUAGUUGUUGGGUCACAUCAACCAGAACUCCUGAGGUGCAUCCAGUCCAUGCAACCAGCUGGUCUGCAGAGGGAAAUGAAGGGCUGACUUCCCCCAGACUCUGAAGGAAGGCAGGAAGAGGAGCUGGGAUCUUGACCUGUGUCCCACAGCUCCUUCAACAACCUCCCAGCUUGGGCCUGGGUAAAGCCCAGGGAAAUCAAGGGGAAAAUCUCCUCCCCUGGACGUCUCUGAGCUUGGGAUUCAGACCUGCUGGGGGACGAGGGGGAUGAGCAGGUCACAAAUCACGGAAUCAUGGAAUCAUUGGGGUUGGAAAAGCCCUCCAAGGUCCCCGAGUCCCCCCUGUGCCCGAUGCCCACCUUGU